AUGACCCUCCUCCCUACAUGGCCCAAGCAUGUCCAUUAUCCUCCUCCCUACAAGGCCCAAGCAUGUACCAUCCCUCAUGACCCUCCUCCCUACAUGGCCCAAGCAUGUACCAUCCCUCAUGACCCUCCUCCCUACAUGGCCCAAGCAUGUCCCAUCCCUCACAACCCUCUUCCCUACAUGGCCCAAGGAUGUCCCAACAAUCAUGACCCUCCUCCCUACAUGGCCCAAGCAUGUUCCUUCCUUCAUGACCCUCCUCCCUACAUGACCCAAGCAUGUUCCUUCCCUCAUGACCCUCCUCCCUACAUGACCCAAGCAUGUCCCAUCAAUCAUGACCCUCCUCCCUACAUGGCCCAAGCAUGUCCCAUCCCCCAUCCCUCAUGGCCCAAGCACCCUCCUCCUCACUACAUGGCCCAAGCAUGUUCCAUCCCUCACAACCCCUCCUCCUACAUGGCCCAAGCAUGUCCCAUCCCUCGUGACCCUCCUCCCUACAUGGCCCAAGCCACCCUCCUCCCUACAUCCUCCCCUACAUCAUGGCCCAAGCAUGUCCCAUCCCUCAUGACCCUCCUCCCUACAUGGCCCAAGCAUGUCCCUCACAACCCUCCAUCCCUCAUGGCCCAAGCAUACCCAUCCCUCAUGACCCUCCUCCCUACAUGGCCCAAGCAUGUCCCAUCCCUCAUGACCCUCCCUCCUCCCUACAUGACCCAAGCAUGUCCCCUACAUGACCCUGGCCCAAGCAUGUUCCUUCCCUCAUUACCCUCCUCCCUACAUGGCCCAAGCAUGUCCCAUCCCUCCUCACAACCCUCCUCCCUACAUGGCCCAAGCAUGUUCCAUCCAUCAUGA